AUGGCUGGUUCACCGAACUCCAACCUCCGCGGCUUCAACUACGCUGUCCAAACGCUCCUCAAACAACCUUCUCAGUUUCUUCCACAUCUUACCAUCCCGACAUUCACACAUCUUCCUGAAGACCUUGGUCCCCACCUUACCAAUUCAUCUCCCCCCUCAAACCAAGCCAAAACCACAACCACAACGCCAGAAAAGAAACAACAACCUCGAACCCCAUCAAUUCGCGCCCUAGUCCUAGACAAAGAUAACACCCUCUGCCCACCUAAAACAACCACCCUCCCCUCCAAAAUACUCGACAAGCUCGCCGCCCUCCGCAACUCCCCAACAAGUCCAUUCAACCUCACCAAGAACCCACACUCAAUCCUUAUCGUUUCCAAUCGCGCCGGAAGCCACCCAAACUACGACUCGGAGGUUACCUCGUUAGAAACACAGCUUUCGCAUCUCCAGAUUCCUGUCUUCAGGUUACCUGCUGGAACGGAGAAGAAGCCAUUCUGUGGAGAUGAGGUAGUGAAAUGGUUCCGGGAGAGGGAGGUGAUUAGUUCGCCGAAUGAGAUUGCGGUUGUGGGUGAUCGGUUGGGUACGGAUGUUAUCAUGGCGGGCAUGAUGGGGUCUUGGAGUGUUUGGUGUAAGGAGGGAGUGUUUGAGGUUGGUGAGGAGGGGAAGCCGGAGAGGAAUCUGUUGGAGAAGAUGGAGGUUUGGAUUGAGAAGUAUUUGAGGGAGAAGAAGGGGCUUCAGGCGCCUGCGCCGAGGGGAUGGGAGUGA